AUGAUUAUUAGUAGCAGGACGGACAUCGUAUUGGACAUGUUCGUGUUCCGGUACGAAGCCUUUGCGGUUUUCGCCGUCAUCAUCAGUGGAAUACGAUUUGGUCUGGAGGCUCUUCACGUCCCUCCAUGCAGCUGUCGUUGCGCUCUCCCAUCCUUCUGUGUCAGGAAAGAUCACGAGCCGAGUCCGGGAUUGGUGUUGCUCACGCUGUUGCUAACCACGCUACCUGUGGAGAUCGUACAAUCUUGGUAUCAUGUGGUAAUUCCCAAUAAACCGCGACCGAACAGAAGACUUACAAUGGCCCUCCUUAGGAGUCUAUCGCAUCAAUUCAGUCUCGACAGAAAUUGA